AUUAGAGAGCUGAAGAGAUUGGGAGAUCACCAUCGCCAUCUUCCGGCGAGAUCUGCUCCUACUCUGUUUGGGAUCGGUAUACUUCUUCACUGCUACCAUUAAGGGUUCUUUCACACCAGAUCCAAGCAGUCGUCUAUGCAAUAGAGUGCUUCAAGGCUUUGUUAAAGGCAUUUUGGCACUAGUAAGGUGGCCAGUUUGUAGUACUCUCAUCAAGAACAUGAAUAAAACAAGUUCUCUUUCCUCUCCCGUGGAUUAUUAAUCCUAUCAGAUACUCGUGCUUGAGGAGCCGGUGAAGGAGCAAAUCUAGAGAUUCGGGUAGUUCUAUAGCUCAAGACUGCAGAGAAAUCAUGGCUGAAAGUGUUGAAGUUGAGGUUUAUUCUGGUAAACUAAAUGGAAAGACCCAGCACUCACCACAGGAGUUUGGUGGCACGGUGAUAAUCCCAAACUCUUUUCCAACUAUGGUUGAGACGAGAGCGAGCAUCAGCGGGGAAGCCAGACGAGGGGAAGAGAAACAGAGAAGAGAGAUUGUGUUGGGAAGGAACGUGCAUAAAAUGUCUCUUCCUGUAACAGAGCCUGAUGUAGACGAGGAGAUGACGGGAGAAAAGGAAGCUUAUAUGGCCAGUAUAUUGGCCAAAUACAGAAAGUCCUUAGUGGAAAGAACCGAACAUCAUUUGGGUUAUCCUUAUAACCUGGACUUCGACUAUGGUGCUCUAGCUCAGCUGCAACAUUUUUCCAUCAACAACCUCGGCGAUCCUUUUAUUGAGAGCAAGUACGGAGUCCAUUCCAGACAGUUUGAGGUCGGAGUUCUGGAUUGGUUUGCUCGUCUCUGGGAAUUAGAGAAGGAUGAAUACUGGGGAUACAUCACAAACUGUGGAACAGAAGGCAAUCUUCACGGUAUCCUAGUUGGGAGAGAAGUGUUGCCAGAUGGAAUUUUAUACGCAUCAAGAGAGUCCCACUAUUCAGUGUUUAAAGCUGCGCGGAUGUACAGAAUGGAAUGCAUUAAGGUCGAUACUCUGGCCUCUGGCGAGAUCGAUUGCACAGAUUUCAGAGCCAAAUUACUUCCCAACAAGGACAAACCAGCUAUCAUCAAUGUUAAUAUAGGGACGACGGUCAAAGGAGCUAUAGAUGAUCUCGAUAUGGUUAUAAAAACACUUGAAGACACUGGGUUCACACAGGACCGGUUCUAUAUUCACUGUGACGGGGCUCUGUUUGGGCUCAUGAUGCCUUUCAUCAAACGAGCACCCAAGGUUAGCUUCAAGAAGCCCAUAGGGAGUGCUAGCGUUUCUGGGCACAAGUUCGUGGGAUGCCCAAUGCCCUGUGGCGUUGAGAUAACAAGACUGGAGCACAUCAACGCUCUCUCAAGGAAUGUUGAGUAUCUAGCUUCUCGGGAUGCUACAAUCAUGGGCAGUCGUAAUGGGCACACUCCGAUCUUCCUCUGGUACACACUGAACCAAAAAGGCUACAAAGGGUUUCAGAAAGAAGUGCAGAAGUGUCUAAGCAACGCCUUCUAUUUGAAGGAUCGCCUCCGAGCUGCAGGGGUUGGGGCCAUGCUCAACGAGUUCAGCAGCACAGUGGUGUUUGAGCGGCCACAGGAUGAGGAAUUUGUGCGACGUUGGCAUCUCGCUUGUCAGGGGGAUAUUGCUCACGUUGUGGUGAUGCCCAAUGUCACCAUUGAGAAGCUCGAUGUUUUCGUGGAUGAACUGAUGCAAAAACGUUCGGCAUGGUUCCGGAAUGGGAGGAUUCUUCAACCUCCAUGCAUCGCAGCCGAUGUAGGGAACGAAAACUGUGCUUGUAUUUUGCAUAAAUGAUGCGUUAGCAGGCCUCAGCCGUCGUAAGCUGAAGUUUUUGCUUUUCUGCUUUUCUGAAACUUCAGUCCACCGUCGUAAGCUCCAAACUCUGGAGGUUUUAAGUUAUUGCCAUCAAUGGAGAGGAGAAUAGGAUUUAUGAAUAUAAGGUUUUGCAUUAUUUUAUUAUUUUUUAUUUAUAAGGUUCUAGCCAGGUGCAAAGUUUAGUUCCACUAAACAACAGUUGAUGUCAAUAUUUGUCAUAUGACUUCAUUUCUAGCUUUAUCCUUUUUAAUUUUACCACUCAUUAUCCAAC